GUCGAACCUUUCGUAUUCUGUGCGGAAUCAGUCUUUUCGGGCACGAUGCUCUUUCCGUUUGCUGGUGAAGACGAAUGCGGAACGUCCCGACGCGACGCGCCUCCCUCUAGUUGCGCUCACCUAGUCUGCUGAGAAGUUUCCAUUGCUGUCACCCCACUACUCCGACUCCUCUUGACUUCGCUUCAGUCUCUUCCUUCUACUCUGCUGUCGUUCUUUCCUCACGACGACACCUUCUGCGAUCUUCUGAUUUAUGUGCAUUUGAGCUGUUCUCUCGUCGCUUCUGCAUCUACUUUGGCUAUAUACGUCGCCAAACGAGCUGCGCUGAGCCUUCGUCCUGCAUAUUAUCUGCACAUUUGCCCAAUAACCCCAGAUUUGUUUCAAACCGCCUUCGGAACUGCAGUCUUCACCAUAUAGCUUGGAGAUAACUGCUGCCUCCCGGAUCCAAACCAUCUACCCACACUUCCAAGCUCUACUACCAUGAGCUUCAACAUAACUUCCGACGGUUCUCCUACACCCCGCAAGGGCCCCAAUCGAUUCGCCAUGGCCGGAGACCUUAGGAUUGACACUUCGCCAGAGGUACUGGGCCAGGCGGUAGGCAGCAUGAGCCUGAACCAAUACCCAUUUGCCUUCCAGCGUGCUUUUGGCUCACCGUUGACAUGCAAUACACAGGGCAUGAAGCGACCACUCGGUCCUUCUACCCUGGGCAACCAAAUUCCGCUGCAACAGCACAGCUCGUUCGACGGCUAUAAGAAGCCCAAGAUGGAAGCUCACGAAGAGUCGGCUGUCAUGGACUCGCUCCUACAGCGGCUGAACGGUCGCUCUCCUCCGCAAGACCCAUACAGCUCGUCCAGUGGAUCCAUUCCCAUUACGCCGGCGACGGACGAGUUCACAUCUACCCCACCUACCGAGAUGGACAGCUCCAUUGUCCUCGUCGAGGCCAGCGAAUUGCAGAAGCUGAAGCUGGAAUUACAGGAGGCUCGCAACGAAGUCAACCGCGUCAACCAGGAGAUACACAGUCACCAUGUAGCCCGGUCAACCAUGGAGCACCUGAGCCAAUCGUCUGAGGCUGAUUACAGCUACCCGGGCGAUGUCACUGAGCAGACUCUCACGAGUUUGCAGAACAAGUUUAAUGCCUCUACCAGGAGCAACUACGGCUGGGGCAAUGAAGCUGCUCGUCCGGCCUACACCGACAGUAAUAGCUUCGGACCCCCAUAUCAGGCCCAGACGCAACCUCAGGUCCAGCCCCGACCACAACCCCCACAGUCAGGCUAUCGUCGCAACGGUUUCUUGAAUGAACCUACACACUUCCCUCUCGACCAGAGCUUCCGCAGCAAUGGUAUGUCCACCAGCUUCAAUGCUGGCAUGGGUAACGGCAUGCCGAAUUCCAUCGGCAUCGGCAAUAGCUUCAACAACAGUAUGGGUGUUGGCAUGGGCAACGGAUUGAGUAACCCACCUAGCCGACCUAGUUCAGCCUUCGAUUCAGGCUACAACCAGUACGCUAUGCCACCCAUGUAUCCCACAGGCCAUCCAGCUCCGAUUGGCACCAUGGCCAGCAGAUUAUCGCCUGACGCAAAUGAGUUCAACGUCCAGAACAGCAUGGGGCCAUCACCAUGGAACUCCCAGACCCAAAGUGAGGCAGGUACUUCACAGUACGUCCCCUCAGUUGAACCGAUGAAUUAUCGUCGCCUAUUGGACCGCAAUAUGAGCUGCAACUGGAAAUACAUUGUCGAUAAGAUCAUCUGCAACAACGACCAGCAAGCAUCUAUCUUCCUUCAACAAAAGCUCAAAGUAGGCACACCGGAGCAAAAAUAUGAGAUCGUGGAGGCCAUCAUCUCCCAAGCCUACGCUCUAAUGGUUAACCGUUUCGGCAACUUCCUGGUACAGCGCUGCUUUGAGCAUGGUACGCACGAGCAAGUUAUUGCUAUCGCCCAAGCCAUCCGCGGAAAUACUCUUGCUUUGAGCAUGGACGCGUUCGGCUGCCAUGUCAUCCAGAAGGCCUUCGACUGUGUUCCGGAAGAGUACAAGGCAACCAUGGUCCAUGAGCUACUUCGCCGCAUUCCAGAGACUGUCAUUCACCGAUACGCAUGCCAUGUCUGGCAGAAGCUCUUUGAACUCCGUUGGAGCGACUCCCCACCCCAGAUCAUGCGUUAUGUCAACGAGGCUCUGCGCGGCAUGUGGCAUGAAGUCGCAUUGGGUGAGACAGGUAGUCUGGUCGUACAGAACAUCUUCGAGAACUGUCUUGAGGAAGACAAGCGUCCCUGCAUCAACGAAGUGCUCGCAAGUAUCGAUGUCAUCGCUCAUGGUCAAUUUGGCAACUGGUGCAUCCAGCAUAUCUGUGAGCAUGGCGCGCCUGCUGACCGUAGUCGUGCCAUCGAUCAUAUUCUCCGUUUCAGUACAGAGUAUAGCAUGGAUCAGUACGCUUCCAAAGUCAUUGAGAAAUGCCUCAAGAUUGGUGGUAAUGAAUUCCUGGAUCGGUAUCUGGACCGCAUAUGCGAGGCUCGCCCUGAUCGUCCGCGUAUGCCCCUUAUCGACAUCGCUGGUGAUCAGUUCGGCAACUAUCUCAUACAGUAUGUCUUGACAAACAGUGGCACACAACAUCGCGAACUCGUUGGUGGUCACAUUCGCAAGCACAUGGUCUCUCUUCGCGGCUCUAAGUACGGAUCUCGCGUAGCCAUGCUCUGCUGUAACCCUGCUCUUGCGACGCGCCCAGGACCUCCAGCAGGUAUGCUUCCCCGCUAUAGCAACCCCGCACCGCGCCCCAGUUUUGGCGCUUUCCGUUGAAGGCAUGUUUUCCAAUUCACAUGCCUUCGUCCACAUGCGUAUCGUUGGGUAUUAUCAGCCAGUGCACCGCUCGCUCGAUCUCGUAAAAGGUAUCGUGGAUAUGCCCAAAAGCUAAGAUCAAUGUCGAAAAAAUUGUCGAAAACCAUUGGCUUAAGACGAAAAUACGCAUUUCCUACAGUUGGCUGGGAUAACAUCGAUUCCUGCACACCUUAUUACGACAGAUCCUUUCUUGUUUAUCCUAGCAUUUUCAUCGGGCCUGAAAUACUUGGUAGCGUUAGCGUGGGACAGGCUGGA